UUUUUUUUCAUUUUUUUUUUUCAGUUUUAUUUAAUAAAAAUAAAUAAAUAUACACAUACAAACAUUUAUAUAUAUAUAUAAAGAGAGAGAGUGAGAGAGACGCAAUUAUAAAAUGGAUUUCUUAUUUGGAAAGAGGAAAACACCAGCAGAGCUUCUUCGUCAGCAUCAACGCGCCAUCACAAAGGCGCAACGUGAACUCGAUCGUGAAAGAGAAAAACUCGAAAGACAAGAAAAGAAAUUGAUAAUGGAUAUUAAGAAGUCUGCUAAAGCAAAUCAGAUGGGUGCCUGUAAAGUGAUGGCUAAAGAUCUUGUACGUACUCGACGUAACGUUCAAAAAUUCUAUCAAAUGAAAACACAGCUGCAAGCUGUAGGACUUCGUAUGCAGACUUUGCGCUCAAGUCAGCAAAUGGCAGAGGCUAUGAAGGGCGCUACAAAGGCUAUGGGAUCUAUGAAUAGACAGAUGAAUUUGCCUCAAAUACAGAAAAUUAUGAUGGAAUUUGAAAAAGAAAAUGAAAUGAUGGACAUGAAAGAUGAAAUGAUGGGUGAUGCUAUUGAUGAUGCAUUUGAAGAGGAUGAAGAGGAAGAAGAAAGUGAUGAAAUUGUAAAUAAAGUUUUAGAUGAAAUUGGAAUUAGUCUUAACCAAGAGCUUGCAGAAGUUCCUUCUGGUCUUAAACAAUCGGAAAGUGCAAUGUUUAAUUCUAAUGGCGCAGAAAGAAUAGCUCAAACAGAAGGAUUAUCGGCUGAUGAUGCAGCUUUGCAAGCAAGAUUAGAUAAUUUAAGAAGAGAAUAAUAAUUUUUUUUUUAAGCAUUGUAUUGCAAUAAAUAGAAACACAAGAGCACUUAAAUACCCAUAA